AUGAGAAGUGCUUGUAUACAGGAAGGCCGCAGGCGCACGCGGCUCGUGUUGCGCGCCGCGUUCCGUCGCCAGCUCCUCGCGGUGCUGAUCGACCCGCUGGGGCCGAGCCUGUUUCCAGUGCUCCUGUCAUGGACUGGCUUCUGGCUCGACCCGAGGCGCCCCGUGCCUCGCGCGGCGCUCAUGGCGCUCUCGUUCGUGAUUCUCGAGCACCAGCAGGUGAGCCACUUUGCCAGCAGGGCGCAGGACCACCAGCUGCGCUCCAUCGACGUCUGGUACCUCAUCUGCCGUUGCUUCAUCAUCGCCGCGCUCCUCCAGUACGUCCUCAUACUGCACACGGCGGACAACUUCCGAGAUGCUGCUAUCACGCCCCCCACCGUGACUGCUUCACCGCUUCGCGCGGCCUCCUCGGGCGUCGACAUGUUCUCGCCGACGACGCCGGGCACCACUGCCGGCGGCUGCUGCUCGCCGGGAAAACUCGCGGCCUCUUCCGCAGCUUCGCCCGUGGCCGCUGCAGCGGGGCUGGCGCGCGUGGUGAGGCUUUCACCUCAGGAGACGGAUGACGCGUGCAAAACGCUCUUCCCGCUAGCGUUCCUGUUGGCGUCGCUGCUGUACGCGGGCGCUUUCGCCGGACCCUUGGUCACGUCCAAGGACUUCGCCAAGCUGCCCGUUCGGUGGGCGGAGUGACCCCGCACUGACAAACCCGAGAUCGCUUUUACACUCGUAAAGAAAACUUGUGAAGCUCGCCUUGAUGAUCAAGGUCAUCUCAUUGACAAAGGCUUUCAUGCCUUGGUAUUUCAUCUGUCGAGUAAAACGUGACGUCUGUUUCUUUCUGCGUUAAAGAGAAGCAUGUGAAGCAACGUUUGGCCGUUUAUUGACAGAACAACCGCUGUACAUUUACUCCCAUAACCAAGUUCUCACUUCAGGCAGCAGAACCAGUAUUGUAAUAAUAAAUGUCAUUAACAUUUACUAAAGACGACAGUCUUUCUUGGGCUACC